AAUCCGUUACAUUACACUAUUUAUAAACUAUUUCACUGGAAUUAUAAAUCUUGCUAAAUCUUGUUAGUCAGGAGUUUGUUGUAUAAAUAUGUGCUCGGUUGCUAGGAUUUUAGUGAAGGUUUUCCACUGAUAGCAAUAUGAAGCAAUUUUUCGUUGUUUGUAUGGUGUUGGUGGUGGCCAUUGCGGCGGAAGCAAAAAAAUGCAAUUUUGAAUGUAUUGAUGAAACUACAUUUAAAUAUUUUGGCAAUACUAUGGAGUGCAAACCUGUUGGUGAUAAAGCAACAGUAUGCAAUGAAGAGUGUAAGGAGAUCGCUGACAAAGUUCCUAUGUGUGCUACCAUUGAAGAACUUUGUCCUUAUACUUGCCCAGACCCAAAUGAACCAGGCACUAUAGAAAUUGGAGGAAUGCAGACUACCUGUCCAAAAGAUACAACCUGUAAUACAGAAUUGGACUCUUGCAAACACAUGUGUAGGGCAGAAAAGUGCGCCAAUGCUGAUAUGUAUGAGUGUGUUGGAACCGAUUCCGUCAAAAUCUAUGGAAUCACAGUUAAGUGCCCCGGUAAAACGGUGUGCAAUGCAGAAAAGAUUCAACCUUGUAAUUUUUGCAUUGAAGCUUCUGGGGCCAAGAGUUCCAUCGAUAGUUGGCUAACCAAUUCGUAUUAAUUCUUUGAAAUUAUGUCUCGAAAUAUUCAAAUGAAAUGUACUUUGAUUAUUACCAAAUAAAUAUUGCAGCAAAUCUA